AUGAAUGUGCUUCACCUACAAUUGAUUAUGAAAUCAAAUCGUAAUGAAAUUCGGGAAGCAGAUAUUAUAARCAUACCAACUGACAUACUUUCUGAGCAGAAUCUACUGGAAACACUUACGCUUAGCGUACARRGUCUAAGAAACCAGUACUUAUCGCUGCAAMACUUGACGCAAAYAUUCUUWAAAAACUUYACUGCGCUYAGACWGCYUGACUUAGCCGGAAAUAAUAUGAGAAUGUUGGAUGCAAWUAUCUUUGCAACGCUAUCGCAAUUGAAUUGUYUGAAUUUGAGCCGUAAUGAAAUCCGAGAAUUGCCCGUAAGUCUGUUUGAAUAUCAGUCUCAACUUCUCGUACUGGAUCUGAGUCACAAUUCGUUGACAUAUUUACCGCCACACCUUUUCGAUCACACUCCUUGGCUUUGGCAGUUGAGACUUGAUGACAAUCUACUGCACGACACCACAAAUCUUAUGGAAAGUCUGAAACCGCUGCCUUAUCUACAUAGGCUAGACGUAAGCCAGAACAAACUGCAAACUAUUUGGAACACCGAGAAUUCCGUCAAUGGAACACGAAAGUUACUGACAACUUUACGAUACAACUAUAAGGGCAUGAAUUUUACUUUAGCCGACGGUCUUAAAUAUAUUAACAAGUGGCAACCAGAAAAUAACGAAUGUGGCAAGUUUAGCACAAGAGUAAUCAAUUUUAGUGGCAAUCUGUUGCGCGAAUUCUCCUUGGAUUGGUUUGUAGCAGCGAGCAUUACAUGCCCUCUUGAAAUAAACCUGGAGCACAAUCUGAUUGAAAAUAUUUUUGAUUUACAAAAUUUCUUCAGUAUGACUGACGAUUGUGUGCGCAAAAUCAAAAUAACUGGUAAUCCGAUCGUGUGCGAUUGUAAAUUGGCUUGGAUUUACAAUGUAAACUAUCGUUCGCUGUUCAAUGGUUUACAGUGAGUACAGACGUCAACUAAACUAGUAAAAGAUGUUGCGCAGCUGGAACGCAAUGAGCUGUGUGCGUGGGAACCAGUAAUGUGCCCCAGCGAAUGCAAUUGUUAUACACAAUUUGAACUGAUGCACAUCAAUUGCAAGCGUGCGCAACAUAUCGAACAGUUCCCACGCCCCGAGCAAGUUGGACUCAAGAGUUCGGUACUCGAUAUUAGCAAUAACAAUUUCAUUGUAUUGCCGCUUAACACCACCUUCGGCUAUGGUAACGUUUCGCAACUCAACGCUUCGUACAAUAAAAUCACGAGCAUAAAUAUCAGUCAACUGCCAACCAAUUUGACGGUUUUGGAUCUACGAAAUAAUCGCUUAAAUUCUUUAAAUGAUGAAUUUUUACGUGCAUACCUCAAUGACAGCAGAAAACUACAAUUUCUUUAUCUAAGUGAAAAUCCUUGUGAAAAUCCUUGGUUUUGCGACUGUUCCACGCUGCAACUGUUGUACACAAUACGCACACAUCGGACACGCAUACUCGAUGCCGACCAAUUACUCUGUGUUAAUCAGCCGAACGAUACACUCCUAACAGUAAAUGUGAGAGAAUUGUGUCUAACUCCUGUUAAUGUUGAAUAUUAUCAGCACUUGAAUACAACUCUGAUUAGUGUAGCGUUAACCAUUAUUAUUUUUCUUUGCAUUAUCGCACUCUUCUAUAAAUAUAAAUUAGAAGUGAAAGUCUGGUUAUAUAGCCACAAUAUAUUGAGAYUUUGCAUUCGYGAUAAGCACAAAACAUUCGAUGCGUUUAUUUUACAUGUACAUCAGGAUGCAGACUUCGUUAACCAUACAUUGCUGCCGCAACUCGAACAGUGCGAACCACCAUUUCGUGUAUGCACGCACGAACACAAUUGUCUGGCUGGUGCAUAUACACCUGAACAAAUCAUCGAAUUGGUGGAACAGUCGCGUCGGACGAUCAUUGUGCUCUCGCAGCACUUCAUCGAGUCAGAUUSUGCGCGCAUGGAGUUUCGCACAGCGCAUCARUGCUCGUUGAACGAAAGUCGUGCACGCAUAAUAAUGAUUAAAUAUGCUGAAAUCUCGAAAAGUGAGAUAUUGGAUCGAGAACUUAAGGCAUUUUUGCAUWUGAAUACAUAUCUGGACUAUCARGACGUCAGAUUUUGGGACAAAUUACGCUACGCCAUGCYACAUAAAGUAGGUGGAGAAAGGAAUUCCGAUAUUCUAAAAAUUAACGACGAUAUUGAGAUGAAUCAAUUGCUUGACGAAGUGGCUUAA